AUGCACGGUGCGUUAGAAGGUGCAGCAAAUCUUCCUGGCAAUCGAGCAUUUGUUGGGGAUCAAAUAAGCAAAGCACGAUUUUUUGUGGAGAAUGACUCGAAGGUAAUAGCUGAUUUGGUCAAUAUCUCUCUAACUGAUUUAGUUACUGAGCAACAUGAUAAACUAGACGCCCUGUACUCUCUGUUGAACUUGGGGGACAAAUUGAGGAAGGAGCUAGGAUUUCUUUAUUACAAUAUGGUAAGGCAGGUUUAUGAUAACGUAAAGUUGCAUGAAGAUAUCGAGAAAAACGACUCUGAGACUAACUAUAAAUUUAUCAAGCUGAUAGCUCUUUGCACAAGAUUUUGUUCCGGUGUUAAGUAUGCUCAUGGAGCGAACCUGCAAACGUUUUCCGAAAACCUGAUUCAGUUAUAUUACAUUGAGCCUACUGAGAACAAUGUCAAAAAGGAAAUGUCCUUCUUCGAAAAAGCUAGUUUACAUGCAUCGCUCGAGUUUUUUCUGCUAUCGAUUGACGAAAACGCCAUGAAUUCUGGCUUUGUUGAUAAACUAGGAAAGAUGAUGUUAGUGAUAGCAAAUAACUACAUUGGGAAUAUGCAAUUUAAACAUGUUGUAAAAAAGAAAAUACCCCAAGAAAAUUAUACGAGCUCUGACUGCGAGAAGGAGCUUUUUUCACAAGAUUGGUUAAGCGAUUUUUCAUUAAUACCAGAUCCCGUCGAGAUAACAAGCAAACUAGAUAGGAAAAUUUUGACGACAGCUCUUGUUUUAUAUUCCAAAAUUGCACAUACUUCAAAAGAAACGACGAAUUUAUGGUCAACUCAGCAUUUUAGAAUAUUUGUGUCAAGUUUACUAAAGACAACAAACUUAGACUUAAGGCUAGCAUCCCUGGAGUUUGUUUUGCACCCCUUCCUACAUCAGAUCAACGACGAAACGUAUAAAAACGAAUGCCUUUCCAACUACCUAACGUAUCUCAUGGAAUCGUUCAAUGUCGAAUCCUUACCCCUUUGGUUCGAUCCCUUUGAUAAACUGGUGGAGUUGCUUGAACUAUUCAAUAAUUCUUGUCCAGUUGAUAACCCUAUCCUUCAUUUCAUUUGUGAAAACAAGUUAAUUAAAGGUUUCCUCAAUUUAUUCUCAAAAACACUUUCAAUAAAGAAGCCCAACUACAACACGACAAAAACCAUCAUCAAGCUGAUAAGGCUAUUUGCUGCAGUAACAGCGUACAACGAGACCUUCAGGGUUAUGCUUCUUAAGGACGAGAAUUUAGUCGCAAAGUCUGAGAAUGGCGUUUUGCAUCAUAUUCGCAUGCUGAGAGAAUUCACGUCAUACUAUAGUUCUUUGGAUGAUUCUACCAAAGAGGAGUGUUAUCCCCCUUUGUAUGAUUCUGAGAUUACUACAGCUUGGUUGCUGCUGUUGAAGUCGUUUUCAAGAAGUCUCGUGAUCUUACGUGUGGACAUGAAGAGAAGUAUGCUGCCAGGCAUAACUUCUGAAAUUAUAAGGGUGAAUUAUGAUAUUAUCAAGCACCAUUACAAGGUGGGGGAUGCAUUUUUGAUAUCGGAACUAAAAGUGUUGAGUUUAGCCCUUGCGAACGUUUGCAAUUUGAUCAUGGAGUUCUCAUCACUACAGGACUCUGUUCUAUCAAAUGGGUUGGUUGAAACAAUAGGUGAAAUGUUAACGGACCCCGUUUUCAAUUGUCAGUUGCAACAACAGCUGGUUGCUGUAAAGGAGAACCAAAUUGACCUUGAACGAAUAACUAUUUUAGAGAGUCUUGAUCUUGAUGAGAUUAAGAAGUACUCUCUGUGGGUUUUGAGAAAUCUAAUGUUUAAUUCUCAAAAUUUUGACAAGCUUGAAUUAUUGGGUAAGAUACCUUUGGAUACAAUAUUAGAUUUCAUAAAUGAUCCAUCUUGGCUGGUCCAAGAACAAUGCUUUCAACUAGUGAGAAAUUUGACCUGUAACUCGAGAAAAAUAGUCAAUAUGCUCCUAGAGAAAUUUAAAAAGAUCGACUAUAAGUGGAAUCCAGAAACUGGUUUAUCGACGCCAGUAGGUUCCACCUAUCUCUUCGAGUUUCUGGCUAAAAAGUUGAGACUACUAGAUAUCACUGAUAAACCGCAAAGAAACAUACUGGAAGCGAUACUGUACAUUAUCAACAAUUUGGCCGCUGUUAAUGAAAAUAAAAAGGAUUUGGUUAUGGAGCAAGAAGAGAUUUUGAGUAUAUUACGGGAUAUUUUGAAUGAAUCCUCGGAAAACCCUGGCCGGUAUGGUAACGAUGAAGACCUGAAAUUGGCCAGUCUAUGGGUUUUGAACAACCUGUUGUGGAACUCGACGGUUUCAAAUUAUACGCAAUAUGUAUUAGAGGGGUAUGCCGAAAGCACCAGGGAGUUCAAAAAUGACGAUUCAUUUGACCCUAGCAAUCACGGAACAAGGAACAAGUUUUUGUCGGACCACGUGUCUCGCCGCAAUAAACCUUCAGAUGACAGCACCGGGGAUGAUGAUAGCAAUGCAACUUACGAUACUGAUAAUUCUAGCAAUAAUGAUGACGAUGACAGUGAUGAGUUUGUUCACUCGUCUUUUGGCACCCUUACUGAUUCGAGCAAAAUACAAGCUAACAGAAUAACGGCUCUCCGGUGUAAAAAACUGGUCUCGAUGGGUCUCUACGACGCGGUGAAAUGGAACAUAUUUGAUGCACGAACGAAUACGAGAGAGAAGGCACGACUGUUGCUUCGUCAUAUGGAUAUUUUAUUGCAUAGUUCCACGUGA